AUGGAAGCUAAUCAUGAUUCUGCCAAUGUUUCGAGUAAUCCGAGCAAUGAUAAAGAGGAAUCAAGUGAGAAGAUCUUUGUGAACCAUGCCGAGAUUGCGUGGCAAGAGAUGAGGAAGAAUUGGAUUGGAGAUCCGUCGAAAAGGACUUCAGAGUUGCCAAUGGAACCUGUGAUAAGCUUCAACGCUACGUAUGAAGACUUGCUUCUACCAAACACUCCCUUUCCCAAGCCCAUCCCUCUAGCUGAAAUGGUUGAUUUUUUGGUCGACUAUUGGCACGGGGAUGGUCUUUUCGACUAG